GUCUUCAACACUUCAAUAACAAAUAAAUCAUGUAUAAACUAUUGCCACAAAUUAAUAUAACAACACGUUGUUCUUGAUCUUGCUACAGAUAUAUUUUAAUUACCUAUUAUUGAUGAAACCAGCUGUUCCCUUUCAGGACCUGUGAUGACGUAGAAGGUUAAAGGUCCUCUCAGCGACAACAACAACAUUUGGAAGCUGUCACGCUGGACGGAGGAGAAUAAAGGAAACAUAGAGAGACCAGUGUGUUGUUUCUGAGACAAACAUCAAUGGUGGUCCCCGCGGUUUAUGUCUAGAAGCUUCUUCUGUGUGUAAACUAUCGGACUGCGGCUUGAGAUCAGGAACCACCGGAUGAAGCAGCGAUCAGGAUGGCAGGAGUGUUUGACAUUGACUUGGAGACUGAGGACAUCAGUGAUACAGAGGACGAUGUAUGUGACUUCACAGUGACAGAACCAGAAAGUGUGCAGACAGAGGAGGUGGAGUUGACGAGUGAAAGUGUCAACAGAGACAGUGAGAGGGUUGGACCAGACUGUUUUGAGCUACUUACUGUGCUGGGAAAAGGAGCCUAUGGCAAGGUGUUCCAGGUGAGGAAGGUCCAAGGUGCUCAGACAGGGAACAUAUUUGCCAUGAAGGUCCUGAGAAAGGCAAAGAUCGUGUGUAAUGCUAAAGACACAGCCCAUACACGAGCAGAACGGGAGAUCCUAGAGACGGUGAGACACCCCUUCAUUGUGGAUCUUCUCUACGCCUUCCAGACUGGAGGAAAACUCUACCUCAUACUGGAGUGUCUGAGUGGAGGGGAGCUGUUCAUGCAGCUGGAGAAGGAAGGCAUCUUCAUGGAGGACACUGCUUGUUUUUAUCUAGGAGAGAUCACAUUGGCUCUAGGCCACCUCCACUCUAACGGGAUCAUUUACAGAGACCUCAAACCUGAAAACAUCAUGCUUAAUCACCAAGGACACAUCAAGCUAACUGACUUUGGCCUCUGCAAGGAAUCGAUUCAUGAUGGAACCGUCACACACACAUUCUGUGGCACCAUAGAGUACAUGGCUCCAGAGAUCCUGACCAGGUUGGGUCACAACAGAGCAGUAGACUGGUGGAGCCUUGGGGCUCUGAUGUAUGAUAUGAUGACCGGAUCGCCUCCGUUCACAGCUGAAAACAGGAAGAAGACCAUUGAUAAGAUCUUGAAGUGUAAACUCAAUCUACCCCCAUACCUGACCAUCGAUGCCAGGGACCUCAUCAAGAAGCUGUUGAAGAAGAAUCCAGCCCAAAGACUUGGCUCCAGUAAGGCAGACUGUGCUGAUAUCCAGAAACAUCCAUUCUUCAGGCACAUCAACUGGACUGACCUUCUGAGCAAGAAAAUGGAGCCACCAUACAAGCCACAGCUGCAGUCGGACGAGGAUGUAAGCCAGUUUGACACCAGAUUUACCAGACAGACACCAGUGGACAGUCCAGAUGAUACCUCACUCAGCCAUAGUGCAGAGCUCGCCUUCGCGGGUUUCACCUACGUGGCUCCAUCAGUCCUAGAGAGUCUUAAAGAAGGCUUCUCAUUCGAACCCCGAACACGACCUGUACGCCGCCAUAACAGCAGUCCACGCACACCCAUCAGUCCUCUUAAAUUUUCCCCAGCUGGACCUUUUAAGUCCAGCAUUGAUGGAGAGCAAGACGUUUUCUCUCCCACCUCUCCACCAGCAGCUCCAGUUCCUGCCUCACUGGAGAAUGGAGCUGCCAGUCAGCCAAUCAGGACGCCUGCCAGGAAUAAAAAGCAGAAGGGGCAUCGGAGAUGAGGAGGAAAUCUUCAAAGAGCUAGGCUAUGCUGCAAGACCUUGGUCAGAUUCAUAUUUUUCAUAGUAUAUAGUAAGUUUUGAGGCAGUGUUUUGACUGGUAUAAUGCUUUUGUGAACUGGUUUAACUAAGAAGUCCCUGUCUCAGAUGAUCACGUUAUGGCAUAACGCUUUAAGUUAAAUUAGCUUUUAAUUUAGAAUAUAUAUAUAUAGUCAUGGAAAAAAAUUGUUAGACCACCCUUGGUUUCUUUCUUCUUGUUCAUUUAAUGCCUGGUACGACUUAAAUUUGUUUUGACAAAUAUAAUGAUUACAACAAAAAUAGAUGAUAAGAGUUUAAUUUAAGAGCUAUAUCUAUAUAUCUAGACAUUUUUUUCAUGGUUUUCUUGAUAAUGGUUUUGGUUAUUAUCAAGAAAACCAUGGAAAAUGGCCAGAUAUCAGCUCUUAAAUUACCUACCACGGCUUUUAAAAAAAAUGCCCAUCAUUAGGCUUUGUUAAUGCGUGCAUCAUUCGUUCUUUCCAUUUUCAAUUGGCAAUCAAAAAUCAAAUAAUGAAAAAUUGACUGGUUAUUUUGUUAUUUGUUUUUUUAUUAUAACACAAAAAACGAAAAAUAUGCUUGUUUUUUCAUAUUUCAAUAUUAGGCUCUGAUCAAAAAUACCAAAUGGAAAAACGGGCACCAGGACUGAAUUUGAUUUUAAUAUUUAAUUGGUCGGGUUUACGUGACCCGGAAGUUUGACUGUGGUCAAGUGAGCCGUCAUUCUCUUCUCUGUAGUCAAACCAGCUGUCCCUAUAUAAUAAUAAUAAUAUUAAUAAUAAUAUAUAAUAGGACGGUUAAUGGUAAUGAAUGAAUGAAUAAUAUAUAAUGUAGUGCGCCCGUAUUGUGAUAUUUAUGGUAAAUUCAUUGAAACUGCGCCAAGUGAGCUGACAUGAAGGAGAAACAUAUUACUGUCAUUCUUUUUCACUUUUUUUCAGUAUAAAACGCGCCGAAAAUGUAUUUGUUGUGUCGACGGUCGGUUUUCAGUUUUCAGAAUAAAGUGCUACACAACCAGGCCAAAAAAUAAGAUAAAUAUGGAAAGAAGAUUAAUUGCAUGAUAUUCACAGAACUGUUCACUGUGGAUUUUUUUUUUUUAAAUGGCGCCUUUGGAGUCAGCAUUUUGUUCGUUUUUUGUUUCAUAAUAGAAAACAAAUAAGAAAAAAAACAGUACAUUUUUCAUUAUCUGAUUUUUGAUUGCCAAUUGAAAAUGGAAAGAACGAAUGAUAUACCGAUUUAUGUUUUCUGUUAUGAUUUCAUAAGCUAAACUUAACUGUUAACAUUUUUGAUGUGGCAACAGUUAAUAGUGUUUGCUACUUUAGCAAUGAACUCACUUUAGGGACAUCAGUCACGCCCAAUAAUAUAAGGAAAGAGCUUCACAGUUAUUUUUUCAGAAGCCCAAGUGGAUAAAAAGCUUCAAGGCAGGAUGUGAGCUUUGACAAUUAAGCUUCUUAUUUUUGACACUAGCUGUCUUUUUCCCCAUAAUUUUGAUUUAAUUUGACAUUAUUUCAUAUUGUAUUAUAUGUCUUCUGAAGCAUAUUAUUUAACACAAUUCAACACAAAAAGCUGUGUAUGUAUGUGUCUAAAGCUCCUAUCUCAUCAUGGGACAUCCUAAAUAUCUUCUGACAGCCCAAAACAUAACUCAUGCACUUCCUAGGGGAAACACUGAACAUUGUUUCAUUUUGUACAUACAUGUUAGAACAAUUAAAAUAAAGGGAAGCUGUGAUAUAAAGCUUUUUUGGGUUUAAUUAGUUAAUCAGCUUUUAAUUAGUUCACAAGAGUUUGUGGAUAGAGGUUGGAUACCACAGGCUUGAAGUCCUGCUUAGUUCUGGUUACAGUUGAACUGUGAAACUGACCUUCAGCCAUCAGGAUAUCAAGUAAAUCUUGAACGCACAAGUUUAAAGUAGUACCAUUGUUCAUAUGUUGUGGUUGGACUAUCCUAAAGUAAUCUACUGAAUUAAGUUUUGCAUCGCACAAAGGAGACAAUGGCCCUCAUUUAUCAAACAAGUGCAGAUCUGAUCGUAUAUUUCAUCUUACGACAGGGUCCCUGUGUGAUUUAUCAAAUGAUCAUAUCUUGCCAAUCACAGCGCUAGAAUGAUCGGCUGUUGAUAAAUGUGGUGGUUCCAAACAAGCUUCAUUUAAAUACCACGCCCUAAUAUAUAUAAUAUAUUUAUAAUAUAUACCUGAUUCAGAUGGCUCGCCUCCAGAGUUUACGACACCGAAGGACGCAAUACGGCCAAAAAGAGGAUUUUUCCCCCUAAAGUCAACUUUAUUAUCAAAGUGCCCCGUUACAAAUGACAAUAGGGGCAAUAUAGACAUAUUACAGAAAUACGCAGCGACAGAGGUUUAUGAAAUAAAAGUACUUAUAGUUAUAAACUCUAACAAGUUCAAUGAAUAUUUGACAUUUGGAGCACGGACUUAGAAGUUUUCACAGCUUUUUGAUUGAAGGAGGUAAACAAUGUUUUAAAGUAAGUUUUAAUCCAAAAGAAGAGGAAUUCCUCAGAGUCAGAAAGUGAAAUGUUGACAUCCAACAGCUGCAACACAACAAACUGGUUUUGUUUGGCAGCAUAAAAAGUGAAAAGGAAGUAAAUUAGUGGUGCUGUCAGCAGAGUAGCAGUGGAGCAUUCAUCUCCUGGUGAGGUGUGAGUAAUUCAUUUAUACAUUGUGAUAUAUAAAGCCUAAUAAUCUAUAUAAUAUCUAAAUAUUGUUAUUAUUAGCUAUUAUGAUGAAGAUAUUAUUCACCUCUUUACAUUUCGUAAUAAUUCUGUCCCAGUCAGAGGAGUGUGUGGCUGAUUGGAAAUGUUUCUAUUCGGGCAGCACCGCUGGUGAAGGAGACGCUGACGCUCCGGUUUCAGAGCUGGAUAAUAAUAAUAAUAAUAAUAAUAAUAACAGUAAACAGCAGAAGACAACAACAUUUAAUAUCCUCGGCUGGUAUUCUGGUUAAAGAAUUUCACGAUCGCAGGAUGUAUUUAUUUUAAAUGAUGUUUUAAUGAUAAAUGAUGUAGUCUAAACAUGUUUUGCUUUGUCACCAUUAAAAUCAAAACACCACAGAGUUUUAUCAGCUCCAGGCAUCGAUACUAUAGUCUAAGAUCAAUUCUCAGACUCAGACGUGUGGACUUCACGCUGACUCAAACCUGCGUACACGAGCUGAGAGCAGACUGAGAUCUGAUCGUACCCUCCGCUCACGUCCACAUUGAUAAAUGCCGAGCCUUGAGUAGAAAUGAUCGUACGCCCACUUUAUGCUCAUUUUCUGACAUACGCUAGUUUGAUAAAUGAGGGCCACUUUGUUCAUUAAUGUAAUAUGUAAUCUUAAGUUCGCAAUUCUGUGUGAAAAUUUCACUUUCAUCAGUGUUUCUGUUUUUUCUGAGCUUUCUCAACAGAGAAUCUUCAUGACCACUGCCAAAGCUUUUAACACAUACUAUCCUCAUAUUGUACAAAAGGACCAAUCACUAUAAUAGAGUGCUCCUCAAAAGAGGAAAAUACUGUAUUUAUUGAUUUGACAUGCAAUCUCUCUUUUAUUCUAAGUGUUUAGAUUUUUGUUUCCUAACAUGGCAGUAAGUCGUGGAUAAGUGCGGGGAUAAGUCACUGAAGGCGGUCAGGAAAACAAUAAUUAAGCACUUGGAUGGUCCAUAGAAAGUGUAUGAAGUUCAUUUGAUGCCAAAAAUCUUUCAGCUAUUUGAUUGUUCUCUCUAAGAAUAAAUUGCUCAUAGGUAGAGGUAAAUUGAACCAAAUUUUGGCUUGUGUCACUUUGUCUUGUUACAAGACAAGUGUGCAUGAGUUUUAACAUAGGCAGCUCUUGAAGGCAACAGUCAAUCUAUCCAAACCAUCCUGUGAUGUAAAUACAAUCAGAGGUAAUAGAGAUGGGCAAGUAUUAUUUUGGGUAAAGAGGGCGUAAAGUUAAGUUAUCUUAACUAUGAACUGAUGUCGUUAAGAUAGCUAAAGAAAGAAAUGUGCUUAUAUUUGUUGGCUACAUUAUCCACUUGCUUCAGUGCUUCAUGUUGCUUUCUGUCAUGGUCUUCACUUUUACCAUGUAGAAACUGUACCAAAGUGUUCAAUUUUGCAUGAAUACAUAACACAUAAUGAAAUAAAUAAUGAUAUGAAUGUAUGCAGACAAAAUAAGUAAUGGAACCAUGCAAUGGUAAGAUGAUCCAAUAAGGUUUGGAUCAUCUCAAGCAGUAUGGCUCUCAGGAAUGCACCACUUUGGUCCAGCAGAAGAUAUUUUAACAACUUUUGGAAGGAUCAACAUAAACAUAAUGAAUGUACAGAUGUUCAUGGUUCCUGGAGUAUAGACCUAAUGAUUUGGUAUUGUCUGAUUUCUUCUAAAGCCUAUACAGUGCCAUAUCUCUACUUGAUGGAUUGUUAACAUUUUUACAGACAUUCAUGGUUUCUGAGUCCUACUGGACAUGGGGUUUUGAGUAAAAUGUCUGGGCAACUAUUGAAUGGAUUGUCAUGAAAUUUAAUAAACAGAUUUGUGUACCUUCAGGAUGAAUUAAGAUAACUGGUGAUCCUCUGACUUUUCUUCUAGCGCCAUCAUCAGGACCUGCCAAUACCUACAGAACCAAUGACAUUUCCAUCAGCCUCAGCUUUACUUUUAGUGCUAAUUAGCAAAUGUUAGCAUGCUAACAUACUAAACUAAGAUGAGCGUGAUAAAUAUUAUAGCCGACCUGCUAAACUUCAGCACGUCUGAAUGAUCGUUGUGAGCAUGUUGGCAUGCUGACUCUAGCAUUAAGCUCAGAGUACUGCUGUAGCCAUUGGUGGACUCAGACUGUUUGGAGGGCGGGGGUGAAAAAUAAAAAUUCUGCACAACAUGGGGCCCACCAGCAGCAAAAAGCUAUGAUGCAUGGUGGUUGAAAUAGUUCUCAUUCUUGAUUAUGAUUAGCAUUAAGUUAAAGGAGAUCCAGAUCAAAGUAAUUAAUGAUAGUUUAAUGACAAUUAAAACCAUCAAACCGAACCAUCUCGGGGGUCCGGGGACAUGCCGCCCUGGAGAAAAUUUGUACAUUUUUAACUAAUCAAUCUUGUGCACUUUGAGAGCUAAAUGAGAGCAAAAAUCUCACAUAACAUUUUUCACUGUUUAAUGACACUGUAUUAUAGAAUCUCUAGAGGGCACAUCAUAAUUUAUUGUAUGAAGGGACACCCUAGAGGGCAAUCAAUCAUUUUUUUCAUGUGUAAAGGGCAGCCAAUAAGGCACUUUCUCUCGGAGGUACCAGAUGUGCAGAAGGGCACUACAAGGGCACUCAUUAAGGCACGUUAUCAAAUUUUCUUCUCUAGAGGACACAUCAUCAUAAUUUAUUGUAUGAAGGGGCACCCUAGAGGCACUUGUAAAGAGCAGCCAAUAAGGCACUUCCUCUUGUUUUCACCACUCUUGAGGGCACUUUAGCGUGCUUUUUCAACCAUGUAUGCAGACAAAAUAAGUAACGGAACCAUGCAAUGGUAAGAUGGUCCAACAAGGUAUGGCUCUCAGGAAUGCAAUGAGUCAGCCCAGCACUUUGGUCCAGCAGAAGAUAUUUUAACAACUUUUGGAAGGAUCAACAUAAAACACAAUGAAUAGAUGUUCAUAGUUCCUGGAGUAUAGACCCGAAUGAUUUAGUGUUCUCAGAUUUUUUUUAAAGCCUAAUCAGUGUAUACAGUGACAUUUAUUUACAUAUUAGGAGUAAUUGCAGGGUGAUUUCUACAGUGCUGUGGAAAUGAUUUUACUGAGUUAAUGGGAUUUUAAAAGUUACAUUUUGUGAACUCAUGUUUUUUCUUUUUUGUGAUGUUUUCCUUCUGCUAACUGAUGAAUGCGUUAAAAAUAAAGAACCAUGAAUUGUUUAAUUGUUGCAUCAGGAAAUUUAAUCAUGCAGGUUUGAUUAAUAUUUCUCCCGUUUUAGGGGCUCAUUAGGAUGUAUCAUAGGGAUUUUGACAUUCAUUCUCCGCCACUGGAACACUAGAUAACCUGGUUAAACUCUUAACAAGCAUGAUAAGAUGAUAAUAUACUUUUUUUAGUUCAUCAAAGCAUUCUUUGUAUAACCCUUAUAACAGGAAUGUCUUGAUUUAUGAAAGUGAAAUAAAAAACCCCACUCGUCAA